AUGGAGAUUCAAAUAAUAUCCGAUCUCCAUCUUGAGACCCCAGCCUCCUAUGAUAUUUUCGAAAUAACCCCCAAGGCACCCUACCUCGCUCUUCUGGGUGACAUCGGAACUGUCAAGGACACCGGCUUUUUCCCAUUCAUCGAAACCCAGCUGAGCAAAUUCUCCGUCGUGUAUUUUCUUCUGGGCAACCAUGAGCCAUACCACUCUACUUGGGCAGAAACAAAAGAAGAGCUUCAUCGAUUCUCUACCUCUGUUAAUCAGCGACGUGUUACGCCGGGCCAAAACGAAAAAAACAAAUCCGGUUCAUUCGUCUUCUUAGAUCAAACUCGAUAUGACGCUUCAGCGAAUGUGACUGUAUUGGGGUGCACGCUUUUCUCGCAGGUAGACGAAACUCACAAAGAGCACGUCAGUUUCGGCCUCAAUGAUUUCUACCACAUCAAUGAUUGGACUGUCGAAGAACACACAGCCGCUCACCAGUCAGAUGUGGCAUGGUUGAACGCCCAGGUCUCACAAAUAGCUACCGAGGAGCCCCAUCGAAAGAUAGUAGUGUUUACACACCACAGUCCGGUUACUCAGGACGCCAGGGCAGUUGAUCCAAGACACGCGAAUAGUCGGAUUUCAUCGGGCUUUGCCACCGAUCUUUCUUCGCAGGAAUGUUGGAAAAGCCCGUUGGUACGGCUGUGGGCAUUCGGUCAUACACACUUCAACGUCAAUUAUGUCGAGGAUGCAGGCAAAAUGGUGGUGAGCAACCAACGGGGUUAUUACUCUUCCCAGGCAAAGGGGUUCGAUGGAGAUCUUGUGGUGAAAAUUGAUGAAUGA